ACACAAUUUUUUUUCAUUUUGUUGGUUUUCUUGCUUUCCAACUCACUUCCAUAUAAUCAUCAUUGAAGUUUGAACUUUGAAAGGUAAGGGGUUAGGUUAGGAAAGAAGCAUAUACUAGCAAUCACUAAUUAAGCUCUUGAUGUCCCAAUUAUAUAGAUACACGACUUUAGGAGAUUAAUGAAUGAUAAGGGAAUAAAUUCAUGAACCAUGUGAAUAACAGCGCACAAGGAUGGGAACCCAAACCUUUUUUUUUACAAUGAUUUAGAUUCUUAUACCACUUUUUCUCUUGCCAUUUCUAGCUAGAAUAACCAACUUUUUAAUCAUUUUAUUAUCAAUUCAGAAAUCAGAACUAUAAGUAGAAAUAGAAUAUACUACACAAAGUUGCACAAACAACCCUUCAUACCUACUGUUUCCUGAUCCAGCAGUAUACAUCAGCACAACUCAGCUUAAGCAUUGUGGAAACUACAGGAAGGUAGUUACUAGUUACAAUGGAGCGUUUGAAGAAAUCACCAUCAUCUUCAUCACAAAGACCAUCAUUUCCGAGGGACCCUCGAGGAUCCCUCGAAGUAUUCAAUCCAACAAGCAACUCAACCUCACCGGUACGUUCUCCGUCACACCUGAAAACAUGGACAGAAACGGAAGAACAGCACAAAGAUUUCAUUUCCACAGAUGAAGUCACCAACACUUCAUGGAUGGCAAUCAAGGAAGGAGAAACCGGUGCCGCGGCACAGAGAGCAGCUGAGUGGGGUUUGGUGCUCAGAACAGACGCUGAAACCGGGAAACCACAAGGAGUGGGAGUUAGAAACUCCGGUGACGAUGAACAGAAUGGCAAGUUCUCCGGCAAAAGGAAUUCCAAUAACUCCGGCAGAGUUUCCGGUGACUCUUCCGACGGUGGUGAUCCUCGCGGGUUUCCGAGAGUUUCAGAGGAUUUGAAAGAUGCUUUAUCAGCUUUUCAACAAACUUUCGUGGUUUCGGAUGCUACCAAACCCGAUUACCCAAUUAUGUAUGCAAGUGCAGGUUUCUUCAACAUGACGGGUUAUACUUCAAAAGAAGUCAUAGGAAGAAACUGUCGGUUUUUACAAGGCGCGGAUACUGAUCCGCAAGACGUGGCAAAGAUAAGGGAAGCAUUAGAAGGUGGGAAAAGUUAUUGUGGAAGGUUACUGAAUUACAAGAAGGAUGGAACUCCCUUCUGGAAUCUUCUCACUAUUUCACCCAUCAAGGAUGAUGAUGGCAAUGUGCUCAAGUUAAUUGGAAUGUUGGUGGAAGUUAACAAGCAUACGGAAGGGUCCAAGGAGAAGAAUUUACGUCCCAAUGGGUUGCCUGAAUCCUUGAUUCGAUAUGAUGCUCGUCAAAAAGAGAAGGCUUCAUCUUCUGUUUCUGAGUUGCUACAAGCCAUGAAGCGUCCCCGUGCAUUGAGUGAAUCUGGACAGCGUCCCUUUAUCAUAAAAUCAGGAGGAUGUUCUGAGGAAGAUCAAGAGAUAGAGAAAGUAGAGCACAAAUCAAGGAGAAAAUCUGAUAGUGUAGCUUCUUUUAGACCAAAAUCACAAAGAAAAAGUAGAAGUUCAAUGGAACGAAUCAGUGAGCUACCUGAAAAUGCAAACAAAAACUCUCAUCGCCAUUCUUUCAUGGGGUUCCGGAGGAAAAGUCAGUCCAUUGAUGAAAGCAUUGAUAAUGAAGUUAUUGUAGAUAUGAGCUCUGAGAGUGAGGAUGAUGACAGGGAUGAUAGUUUUGAAUUUGAUGACAAAGAAAAGCUGAGGGAAAAGCGAAAAGGUCUUGAUCUUGCUACUACACUUGAGCGUAUUGAGAAAAACUUUGUCAUUACUGAUCCAAGGCUUCCUGACAAUCCUAUAAUAUUUGCAUCUGAUAGCUUCUUAGAGCUUACAGAAUAUAGUCGUGAAGAAAUAUUGGGAAGAAAUUGCAGGUUUCUGCAAGGACCAGAAACUGAUCCAGCAACUGUGAGAAAAAUUAGAGAGGCAAUUGACAACCAAACCGAAGUUACAGUGCAACUGAUCAAUUAUACAAGGACUGGGAAAAAGUUUUGGAAUCUGUUUCACUUGCAACCUAUGCGUGAUCAUAAGGGAGAAGUACAGUACUUUAUUGGUGUUCAACUUGAUGGUAGUCAACAUGUAGAGCCUCUUCACAACUGCAUUAAAGAAGAUACUGCAAAGGAGGGAGAACAAUUGGUCAAACAAACUGCAGAAAAUGUUGGUGAGGCAGUGAGAGAACUUCCAGACGCUAAUCAGAAACCGGAUGAUUUAUGGCUAAAUCAUUCAAAAGUGGUUCACCCGAAACCUCAUAGGAAGGAUAAUGAUGCUUGGAGAGCAAUCCAAAAGAUCAUCGAAAAUGGAGAACAGAUAAGCCUAAAGCACUUUAGGCCAAUUAAACCUUUGGGAUCUGGAGAUACCGGAAGUGUGCAUCUGGUGGAGCUAGAAGGAACUGGUCAAUACUUCGCAAUGAAGGCUAUGGAUAAGGGUGUUAUGCUCAAUCGCAAUAAGGUGCAUAGAGCUUGCACUGAAAGAGAAAUCCUUGACAUGUUGGACCACCCUUUUCUGCCUGCAUUAUAUGCUUCCUUUCAGACCAAAACACAUGUUUGUUUGAUAACCGAUUACUAUCCUGGUGGAGAACUAUUCCUGCUUCUUGACCAGCAGCCAACUAAGGUUCUCAAGGAAGAUGCUGUGAGAUUUUAUGCUGCUGAGGUAUUGAUUGCAUUGGAGUACCUUCAUUGUCAAGGCAUAAUUUAUCGAGAUUUGAAGCCAGAAAAUGUGUUGAUCCAGAGAAAUGGGCAUGUGUCUUUAACAGAUUUUGAUUUGUCAUGUUUAACAUCUUGCAAGCCACAGCUUAUAAUUCCAGCUAAUGAGGAUAAAAAGAAAAGGAAGAAGAAAAAGAAAAAGGGACAACAGAAAACUCAACAAAUUCCAACGUUUAUGGCGGAACCAAUGAGAGCGUCCAAUUCUUUUGUUGGUACAGAAGAGUACAUAGCUCCGGAAAUUAUAACUGGUUCAGGUCAUACUAGUGCUGUGGAUUGGUGGGCUUUAGGUAUUCUUCUAUAUGAAAUGCUUUAUGGAUACACACCAUUCAGGGGAAAGACAAGACAAAAGACAUUUGCAAACAUUCUUCACAAAGAUCUUAAAUUUCCCAAAAGCAAACCGGUAAGUCCCCAGGCAAAGCAGCUAAUUUACUGGUUGUUGCACAGAGAUCCCAAAAACAGAUUAGGUUCACUUGAAGGCGCAAAUGAAAUUAAGAGCCAUCCGUUCUUCAAGAAUGUCAAUUGGGCUCUAAUUCGUUGCAUGAAACCUCCUGAGCUUGAUGCUCCUAUCUUACUGGAAAAUGAUGAAAAGAAAGAAGCCAAAGAUAUUGACCCUGGUCUAGAUGAUUUACAGAAAAAUAUUUUCUAAAAGGUUUAAAGCAUAAUAGAAUGAAAUUCAAGAAACACAUGAUGAGUGUUUUCGAUUUUGGAAUUUCAAUUUCUUGCUUCAGUUUGUAAAGUUUGUUAAUGUUCAUUGUUAAGUUAUGAAAUAUUGGAGAUACAAUCUUUUUUGUAGUUUAUGAUGUUUAAGUUAUAUGGCAAUCCAAUAGAGGGGGACCAUUGGUCACUUAGUCUAGUGUAGAAAUUCUUGUAUAUUUUUGGAAUGAUAUCAAGUCAAUGAAAAUAUAAGAAAAUGAACCUA